AUGCUCUAUACAUCUACACUUUUACCAGUGCUCGCUUACCUCUCCCUUGCCGAGGCCAGUCCCAUUGACAGAAGAGCCGCUGUGCAAUCUACCACAACCAGGGCUUCAAAUGACCUUCAAACUUACAAUUUGGGUCUGGGUGCCAUAUACGCUCCUGCGGUGACCAAAAGUGGCAACUACUGGUACUCUUCUGGUCAACAAUACAACUUCCUUACCGAAGCUCUCUCUGGAUCUUGCUACAAGCAAAUGGACCAAUGUCAACUCAAGGCAAAUCAACAAGGAAACAGUCCUUUCGCUGUCAGCGAUUGUAACGGAUGGCAAAUUCAGGCUUGUUUGAACAGCGGGAGUGGAUCCACUAGCUCUACGUCCACUGCGGCUUCGAGCUCUUCCAAAGCUUCGAGCUCGAGUUCUUCUUACUCUGCGAAAUCUUCGAGCGCUGCCGCUUCGUCCUCCUCCGCCAAGGUCCCUACGACUGCCUCUUCCAGUUCCGUAGCUUCUUCCUCCACUAGCACUGUGAAGUCUUCUUCUUCGACCUCGUCUUCCGCAGCUGCUUCAUCCACCAGCGUAGCUGUUGCCAAGACCUCGACCAGUGUUUCUGUGACCACCUCGUCUGCAGUACCCACUACUGCUCCCUCUGCCACCGCAGGCAACUACCAAACCUACACUGGAGCUGCUGGUGGUAUUACUGCACCCGCGGUUACGAAAUCUGGAAACAAGUUCGUCCAAAGUGGCACCACCUAUGAUGACAUCGCCUACGCUCUACAACAGUCUUGUUACGCCCAAGCUAGCGCAUGCUCUUCCAGCUCCGCUUCAUUCGACAAGAACGUGUGUUGGGGAACUCAAGUCAACGAGUGUUUGAGCACCGCUUCAUCCGCGGCCAGCUCUUACUCUGCUUCUGCAGCCGCGUACUCCUCCUCAGUUGCCUCUGCCAACUUUGCCGCUGCUACCAUGGCCAGAACCGUCUCAGGCGAUCUUCAAACCUUCACAGGUGCACUUGGUGGAAUCCCAGCCCCUGCGGUGACUGGUACCGAGCACAACUGGAAGGUCGACGGUCGAAGCGAUGUCUUCUGGAACUUGAUCGAUGCUUUGUCAGCUUCUUGUUACAUACAACAGGACAAAGCUGGUGCCGCUGGAGCAGCUUCGAACUGGGCUUACGAGAUGUCCACCAACAACAUUUACAAUGUUCAAACCCCCAACUGUUUGAGCAAUGCUCAGAACGUCGCUGCGAACUGGUCACCUACUAGCACUUCGGUUGCUGCCACUUCGACCAUUGCAUCGUCUACCUCGACUUCCAAGGCGUCUUCAGCUGCCCCUUCAUCGUCAUCAGCUAUGGUCUCUUCUUCCGCUUCCAGCUCUGCCCCCUCGUCGUCGGUAGUUUCAAGCUCUUCUUCCGCUUCGAAAGCUGUCUCUUCUUCAGCCGCCGCUUUCUCUGUUGCCAUUUCCAGCGCAUCUCCCGCCUCCAGCCCCUCUUCAGUCGUAGCUUCCUCGGCCGCCCCUUCUAGCUCUGGUGCUGCUUCCUCAGCCGUAUCUAGCUCGGCCUCCGCUGUCGUUGUACCCACAGUCACCGUCCCGAGCAUCACAGAGACCGUGAUCCCGUCGACUUCCUCUUCUGCGUCGGUAUCAGGCUCAGCCACCCCUAUCAUUACUCCAGUCGCUGCUCCUGUGGGCUGGUCAGCCGCUUCUACCUCUUGUAUCGCUGAAGGAUCCAGAGGUCGAGCUUUGACAGGUCCAACUCUCGCCUCUAGCGAUAUGACUUGGCAAAAGUGCGCCGAUUUCUGUGACGGUCAAGGCUACUCCAUUUUCGGUAUUGAGUACUCUCAAGAAUGUUACUGUGGAGCAACUCUCUCCAAUGGAGCUUCACUUGCUCUCCCUUCGACCAACUGUAACAUGAAAUGUGGUGGAAACAAUGCUAUCUGCGGGGGACCUUCCGCUCUGUCCCUCUUCGUCAAAGACUCUGCCCUCUUGGCUGGUUUAUCCUCGGACCUCCAGUCUGUCAAGGUGACUCUACCGGAAGGUUGGGUUGCCGCUUCCUCUGUCUGUGUCCAAGAAGGCACUACCGGACGAGCUCUUGCCGGUGCCUCGUAUUACGACGAUAACAUGACUAUCGGUAAAUGUUUGGCUUACUGUCAGACCCAAGGAAUGCAAUGGGCUGGUAUCGAGUAUUCCAGGGAAUGCUACUGUGGUAACGAUCUUGUCAACGGAGCUUCCCUAGACCGAAUCGGUACUUGUGAUAUGACCUGUCCUGGUCAACUCGGCACCACCUGUGGUGGACCAAGCUUACUCUCAUUGUACCAAGACUCUUCUCUUUUGUACUCGCUCACUACGAUCGGGGACUGGGAGAAACAAGGUUGUAUCCAAGAAGUCUCUGGCAGGGCUCUGAAUCAGGCGUCUCUCGUGACCGACGACAUGACCUUGGAGAAAUGUACUUCCUUCUGCUCAUCUUCGGGUUUCACCUUUGCGGGUCUCGAGUACGGCUCUGAAUGUUACUGUGGUGACUCACUCGCCAAUGGGGCUACCCUCGAUGCCUUCUCGACCCAAUGUAACAUGGCAUGUAGCGGAAACAAAGGAGAAAUUUGUGGUGGGCCAAACGGUAUUACCCUUUACUCCACUGUGAAGAACGCGUUAGUUGGUGCGUGA